GUGGAAUAUUUUAAAGUACGUAACUUAAGGACUGAUAACUACGAAACAUUACAACUCCAAGGGCUGAAACAAAAUGUAUUUCAGAAUAUUGAUAAAAUAACUUCGAUGGAAUAUAAUUUUCCCGACAAGAAUAAUCUUGAAGCUUUUGAUGCUCUUACACCGAAUUAUAAUAGAUGUAGUCAUUAUUAA